UUGGGACGUGGCGUAUGGCACAUGAAGACCCGCGACUACCUGCGUAUGAAGGCGCGUUCACCCUAGGACGAAAAGACGAGUGAAUGAACGAGUCGCAAAACCGCCUAGUCUAAAUUUCCCAAUGUCAAAAGCCUUACAUCGAACCCAUAUCUAUAUCAUCUACAUAUCUCUAUCGCCCGCGGACCUCUUUUCCAUACUCGCGUUCAUUCGUGUCAUUGUUGGUCCAGGAGAGGUUUGGGUCGAGAGUCGGAGGCCACUUGCAUUGAACAUGCGCAUCUCUUUCUUUUUCGAUUGGUCCCACCUUCUUUGCACUUCUCAAAGCCUCUUCAGAGUCAUCCGGCUUCGGGCACUGGUGCUAUUUGCUCAUUGUCUCGGGGGCAUGAUCGGGAUUUUUGGAGCUCCUACGUUUCCAUUCAGCAUUCUUCAUUGUUUCCAUGUAAGUUUAUCGCUCCAGUUAAACCUAUAUAAGAGCAUCAACAGUCCAGGUCUUCGAAACAAUCUGGAAUUGUUACAUCACGUAGCUCAGGCUCGAUCACCACCUGGAAUUUAAAGAUUGAAGGCCGCGAGUAUCGAUGAGAACGUAGUUGAGCUCUCCUCGACAAUGACAUUGAUUAUGAUCAUCUUCAUUAAGCUCUUGGAAAGCCUGCCUAUGUGAAAUGUGAUACAUGGUCAUCUCAGGUUGCCUUGCUUCUUGGAAGAUCUCUUCAACUGUCGAAGCACAAAAACAAGUUUCCCUGAAAUGCAUCCUCGGUGCUCCAAAGCGGUA